GAGCCACCUGUUAACUCCACCAUCUUGGUUUUGAUUAAUGUCAAAAUACUACAAACCUUUCUGUGUUUUUCUGUUUCUUUUAGAUCUGCGAACUUGGCUUGCAAUUAAGUUACGAAAAUUAAUUUGUGAAUAUUACGGUAUCGAAUGAAAUCCCAUAUAUAUUGCAUCAUAAGAGUGGGAGAUUAUAAUUCAAUUUACGCACUAUGUUCGGAUUGAUAGCACGAACGUAAAAAACUUCAUGAAAUUGCUGUUCCGUUGCCAUUCGCGAAUGUUGGCAUUGAAAAUCGUCGAUGUAAAAUGUCGCAAAGUCCACCCAGUUACACGGAUGGAAUUUCGGUGAAGAUUUCUGAACGUUUUAAGCCUCCUCCGAAAAUAAAACUUCCACAAAGCGUGAUAAAUCGAUUAAUGCAGUUUGAUGGCAAUGGUACUUCAAGGUCUUCAUCUAGUUAUAAUUUUGAAUUGGAGGAAACGGUACUUAGACGUAUAACGGAAUGGCGCGCCGUAAAGGAGAAAAAACAAUGUGAACGCAGUGAACGAUUGAGACUGAAGGAACAGGAAGUUACCAGACGAAUCGAAGCAGAGCACAAGCAUAAGCUGAAUCAAAUUUCGUACCCAAAUACCGAUGAUUUGUCGAGUGGUAGCGACGGAGGUGAUGAUGUUUCUGAAGAAAACGGCGAAUCGCCUCAUUCCGGUUCCUCAGAGGAGCGUUCCGAACAAGACCGAACGACAGCUCUGGCAAGCACAACCAUCGGUCAGUAUAGUUACGUGAAUAAUUUCGAUACAAUUCUUAUUCCAACGGUGCUGCCAGAUAUGAUGAAAACAGAUGCCAGUGUGGAGAGAAUUGCUAGUACUGAAAAACAAAUCAACUUCGACAUUCCAAAAUGCACCACUUUGUUGAAUAACAACAAUAACAACGGAUAUAACAAAAUCAAUUACUCAGAUUUUGAGAAUGAUACGUCCAGUCCUUUUGAUAAUAUGGAGUUGAAAACUAUUAACGAUCUAGAUAUUUUAGCUCAAGUUUUAAACUUGAAUGUUUCUGAUCCAGAGCGAAGUCAUGAGAAGUCUAUUGCUGUCAAAUCAAGUCAUGCAGUUGUACGUAAUCGAGUUGAUCCUCCUGCUAUGGAACAGAGUGCUGUCGUUGAACAACAAGUAAAUAGUACUCAUCCACAAUAUCAGCAAACAUCCUAUCAAAUUCAGCAAGUUGCGCCAUCGACGAAUGAUUAUUACAAGUCAUUUGACGGUUAUCAGUAUAGCUAUGGACAAUAUGCGCCAACUUCCACCACUUUAACAGCCUCUUACACUCCUACUGAUGGACGUCGACUCGAUCAAUACAAUUUGGGAGCCAACACCGCUUUUCAGCCGGGAACCCAGUUUCAACCCUAUCAUCAAGGGGUUGGAGUUUCUUCCUACAAUUUUUACCCAUAUGCAAAUUCAACCGGCAGCGCAACCAACCAGUCGACAUAUGCUAAUACCUAUCACUACAGCAGUGGUUUCGGCAGUCAACUUCAUUCAACAGUAUCUAGUGCUAGCUACAACAAUUACUCAUCUCAGUAUCCCACAGCCACAGUGGAUGUGCUGUCUCAUUCUGAGGAGCCUUCGACGAUGAGAUCUAAAUCUAAGAGUGUGCCGGACAUUGUUCGUCAAUUGGAUGAAGAGGUGCAAAAUUCGGCUCAACGCAGAACCAGAAAUAACAGUCAAUCAGCCGAUGAACGUCGCAAAGAUGAAGCAGCGACUAGCGAUAAGUCUGUAACUUCAUCCGAGUAUAGUGUUACCACGUUGAAUCAAUUUUCACAGGAUGACCAAAAUCUAGUCAAACGUGUCAGCUCUAUGGGGUUUCCACUAGAGCGUGUAGUUGCAGUGUUGAAGCGAAUAGGAAGCGAUGAUAAAAAGGUUGUGGAACACUUGAUACCACUGACGGAGCUAAUAGAUCUGGGAUUUGAUGAAGAGAAAAUAUCGGAUGCGUUAAUUAAAUUUGACAACAACAAACAUAAAGCGUUGGAUUACCUAAUAUCGUAGUGCAUGUUUUCCCAAAACUGCUCUUACUUACUAGGAAGUGUGAUUGUGAUUGUGCAUCGGAAAGUAAAUCACUCGUAGUGGUAUCACUGUGUAUCUGAAUAAUAUAGCUAUCGAAUAUAUAUAAAAA